UGAACCAUUUCAGCACUCUGUCGCGAGCAGAAGCACGCCAAGCUUUCCUUCCCCUCUCCGGUACCACUGCUCUUUUCGCGCGGAAAUGGAAAUUGAUGCUGAUUCUGACAAGAAUAACAGACCGCCGGAGGAUGGUGGCGAUUCUGUGCCAAUGGAUUCCCAAGAAUCCUCCAGCAUUCAGGAAACGAGUAAAGAAAAGGAAGAGCUUAAUGACUCAAUGGGGAAAUUACACAUUGAGGGGUCAUCCUCUGGGCAGCCAGGGACUUCUUCAACCAACUUUAAGAGAAAACCAGUUAUUAUCAUUGUUGUAGGAAUGGCAGGGAGUGGAAAAACAACGUUUAUGAACCGAUUGGUCUACCACACACAUGCUUCUAACAUGCGGGGUUAUGUCCUCAACCUUGAUCCUGCUGUGAUGACUCUCCCAUUUGGUGCGAACAUUGACAUAAGAGAUACUGUUCGGUAUAAGGAAGUGAUGAAGCAAUUUAAUCUUGGGCCUAAUGGAGGAAUCCUUACAUCGCUCAAUUUGUUUGCUACAAAGUUUGAUGAGGUCAUUUCAGUCAUUGAGAAACGAGCAGAUGAGCUUGAUUAUGUUCUUGUUGAUACUCCGGGUCAGAUUGAGAUAUUCACUUGGUCUGCUUCUGGCGCCAUAAUUACAGAAGCUUUUGCUUCUACAUUUCCUACUGUGGUCACAUACGUAGUUGACACACCCCGCUCCACUAGCCCAGUAACUUUUAUGAGCAAUAUGCUUUAUGCCUGUAGUAUACUGUACAAGACACGGUUGCCCGUCGUGCUGGCAUUUAACAAAAUUGAUGUGGCUCAACACCAAUUUGCCUUAGAGUGGAUGGAAGAUUUUGAGGCUUUUCAAGCAGCAGUAACUUCAGAUGAAUCUUACACAUCGACUUUAUCUCAGAGCCUCGCUCUCUCACUAGAUGAGUUUUACAAGAAUCUACGUUCUGUUGGUGUAUCUGCUGUUUCUGGUGCUGGAAUGGAUGACUUCUUUAAGGCGAUUGAAGCAAGUGCUGAGGAGUACAUGGAAAAUUACAAGGCUGAUCUCGAUAAGAGACGGGAAGAGAAGCUACGGUUGGAGGAAGAACGCAGGAAGGAGAACAUGGAUAGAUUGAGGAAGGAUAUGGAGAAAUCAAAGGGGGAAACUGUGGUUUUGAACACCGGGUUGAAGGACAAAGCAGAAAAAAGCAAAGCUAAAAUGGACAAGGAUGAGGAAGAUGAUGAUUUUGAGACACUCAGCGAAGACGAGGACUUCAUAGAUGAGGAUGAAGACGAAGAGGUUGCAAGUUUCUCCUUUCGGUGAAGAAGCUUGUUUUGGUUGGAAUUGUGCGGGAACAAGACUGUGCACAAGACAAAUUAACGGAUUUAAAGCUAUAGAAGAUAGUGUCACUCAAUCUUGCCAUGCUUGACACAAUUUUCUGUUUCUGUCUAUAUCCUUUGAUCCUAGAGAUUUAAGGCGUGCCUUAAAGUUUACUUCUUAUUACUAAGGAAAGUUGAAGGGACAUUUUUUUUUUCGUUUUCAUUUAUACCCUUUUAAAGUUCAUUUAGGUGCUCCACUUGAUACAUGGAGGUUGCUCUCAAAAGUCACAAGAUGUUUAUGAUGCGUUUAAAUUGUUGUCUAGAGGAUUCUCGACAUACAAUAUGGAGUUUUGCGAAGUGCUCCAUAUUCCUUUUUUUAUUUUUUCUUUUUUCUUUUUUCUUUUUUCUUUUUUUCUUUUUUUUUUUUUUUGUGCUGGACCUUUUGAAUGGGAUAUGUCAAUUCAUAGUGUGGGAAUGAAUGCCCAAUCCAUAAGCUA